AUGGCCCUCAGUAUCCGGCAGAAGAGGGUGCGAAGAAUCUCCGGAGACCCAGUCGAUGGGGUUGUGGUGCAAGGCCCUGUGGAUGGUCUGGCUACUGGCACCCCACUCUAUAGUGUGGCGGUGCAAGGCACUAUAGAUGGAAGGACUACUUGUAGACCAAGGGGUUGGAGGUUUGGUACCUGGAAUGUAGGCACGUUGACAGGAAGAAGUUUGGAAGUGGUGGAGGAGCUGCAGAGGAGAAUGGUUGACGUGGCUGCAUUACAAGAGGUCAGAUGGAAGGGUGAGGGUACAAGGUUUGUGGGGGCUAAAGGUGGAAGAUAUAAGUUGUGGUGGAAGGGGGAUGAUGGUACGGGAGGAGUUGGUGUGAUGGUAAGAGAAGAGUUGUUGGAGCAGGUGUUGGAAGUGAGGCGGAGAAGCAAUGGGGUAAUUGUGGUGGUGAUGGUGUUUGGAAAAGUAAUAGUGAGGGUGAUAUCAGGAUAUGCUCCGCAACAAAGUAGGAAGGAAGAGGAGAAGGAUAGGUUUUAUGAUGAUGUUUCUGACGAAAUUGGGCAAGCGGGGUUGAAUGAGUUUGUGGUGUUGUUGGGUGAUUUGAAUGGUCAUGUGGGGGCGGAUGCAGACGGAUAUGAAGGUGUACAUGGGGGAUGGGGAUAUGGUAUACGGAAUGAGGAAGGGCGUAGAGUGUUGGAGUUAGCGGAUGCACACAGCAUGGUGGUGGGGAACACUUGGUUCACAAGGGAACCAGCGCGAUUGAUUACUUAUAGGUCAGGGGAACAUAGAUCGAUGAUCGACUAUAUAUUGGUAAGGGCCAAACAUAGGAAGUAUGUGAAGAAUGUGAAGGCGAUACCUGGUAUGUUGCAGCAUAGUAUGGUUGUGAUGGAUGUGACAUCAAAAGAAAUGGGGAGGAGGAAGAAGGAUAACAUAAUUUCAAAAACUAAUUAUGACAGGAAUAAAAAAAUUGAAGGAUAUUUCCAUCUUCCUGAUGUGCCAACUACUAUAAAUACCAGGACUUGUUUUGCCAAUUCACCAGAUGCAAAGUCUCCUCCUAAAUUCUUAUAA